AUGCCUUCCGACGCUGGUAAGUUUGCCGGGUUUUUGUGGGUUAUUGUGCGGUAGAUUGUGGGUUAUUGGAAGAUAGAUUGUGGGUUAUUGUGCGAUAAGUUGUGGCUUAUGGUGCGGUAGAUUUGGAGCUACUGUAAUGUGGUUUCAGAAGUAAUAGUUGCUGUAAAUUAUGUUGGUUUUACGUCCUUUUUGAUUGGUUUAUGGGCAUUUUUGACAAUUUUAUGGAAUUUUAUCUCUAUUUUAAUAAUUUUAAAUAUAAUUUUUAUAGUUUUUUGGUAAUUUGCUAGCUUUGAAAGUAUAUUACAAGCCUAGUUUCAUAACAAAAAAUGUUUUUUUUUAAUUUUUGUUUUGAAAAAGUAACAAUUUUUUGACAUUUUCAACAAAUAUUCUUGUUUAUUUGAUGCCUUUUUGUCAUUUCAAAGCCAAAAUAUUCAAAAGUUCAAAAUUUUUUGCAUUUUUUUUCAUUGUUUGGGUAUUAGAGGGCUACAAAAAGUUUUGUCGUCAAUUCAUAUUGACUUGCAGUCUUAAAAACGACAGAGCUUUUUGAUAUUUUGUGAGAUUUUAGGGUAUAAAAAACUAAUUUUACUAAAUUUUAGGCUUAUAACGGUAGUUUUUAUAUAACUUUUGGCUUUAAAAACUUGUUUUUAUCAAGAAAUCAACAAUGACAGAACAAAAAAUGGCAAAAACUUUCUUUACAAAACAAAAAAUGGCAAGCACUUUCUUUACAAAUCAAAGAAUGGCAAGAACUUUCUUUACAAAUCAAAGAAUGACAAGAACUUUCUUUACAAAGCAAAAAAUGGCAAGAACUUUGUUUACAAAACAAAAAAUGGCAAGAACUUUCUUUACAAAACCAAAAAAUGGCAAGAACUUUCUUUACAAAACAAAAAAUGGCGAGAACUUUCUUUACAACCCAAAAAAUCAUAAACUCAAAAACAGCUUUCAACCAAUUAACAACAUCAGAAGCUAUCUAAAUCUCGAUUUUCUUCAGAACUCAAAGAGAUCUUCAACCUGUACGACGAGGAGUUGGACGGUAAGAUCGAUGGUACCCAGAUUGGUGAUGUAGUUCGCGCCGCCGGCUUGAAACCCACCAAUGCCGCCGUCUGGAAGGCUGCUGGCCAAGAGUACAAGAGAAAGGGAGAGAAGAGAAUCACCUUCGAGGAGUGGCUCCCAAUCUACCAACAGCUUCAGGGAGAAAAGGUGAGGAUUACUGGGUUUUAGGAGACUUUUCCAGUACUAGGGUUAGUACUAUUUAUAGUAUGGAGUUAGGGCCAUUUGCGAUAGUGAUUAUAGGUAGUAUCGUCUUUCAAAAUCGCUUUUAUGGGGGUAUUUUUGUAAGUAUAUAGUACUGUAUUUUUUAAACGUUACUAUUUGUAGUUUGGUUUUUUGGAACUAGUACUAUUUUUAGUACUGUUUUUGUGAGUAGUACUAUUUUUAAAAAACAGCACUAUUAUAGUACUAUUUUUGUAAAUAGUACCACUAAUAGUACUAUUUUUGUGAAUAGUACCACGAAUAGUAAUAUUUUUGUGAAUAGUACCACUAAUAGUACUAUUUUUGUGAAUAGUACCACGAAUAGUAAUAUUUUUGUGAAUAGUACCACUAAUAGUACUAUUUUUGUAAAUAGUACCACUAACAGUACUAUUUUAGUAACUAGUACUACUAAUAGCACUAUUAUCAAAAAUUGAUGUUUAAAGCAAAAUUUUCAAAAUCAGUACCACUGAUAGUACUAUCCUCAAACUUUCUUUACAAUUUCUAAAAUUUCAGUCCGCCGGCUCAUUCGCCGACUUCAUGGAGGGCCUGAAAGUGUUCGACAAGGAGGAAUGUGGCAAAAUCUUGGCCGCCGAACUCCGACACAUCCUCUUGGCGUUGGGUGAGCGUCUGAGCACCGAAGAAGCCGACGAAUUGUUGAAGGGCGCCGAAGACAGCGAAGGAUUGGUCAACUACGAAGGUGGGUUUUAGCUUUUUUAGGGAGGGGUGGGAACGAGGAGGGGGGGGAGGUAAAAGAGAGAGGUGGGGAAAGGGAGAGGAGGAUUUUUGUUAGUUGGAAGGGAAAGGGGAGGGGGGUGGGAAGGUGAGGGAAUAAAAAAAAAUUUUUUUUUGAAAGGGAGGGAUUUUUGUCUUUAGAUGAUGAGGGUAGAUUUUUUUGAUUUUUCAUCAAAAUUUAUGAUUUUUGAGGGUAGAUUUUUAGCUUUUUUUAAUUUUUUGGGUGUUUUUUAAAUUUUUUCAAAUAAAUGCUUAAAGGUAUCGAAGUAGGCGGUAAAGAAAAAUAUUUUUUUGUAAAUUUUUAAAUUUUUAAGUUGGACUUUCAAGCAUUUUAAGUCGUUUUACAAUGUUUUAAGACUGUUUUUGGUAUUUUAAGCCAUUUUUUUAAUUUCCAUAAUUAUUUUUAUCAAAAAAUAAAUUUUAUUGGUUUAACAAACAUUGUUACAACAUUUAAAAUGACUUUUAAAAUAUUGGGAUAGACAUUUAGGCUUAGAAAAAUGUGUUUUUUAACUAGAAGUUUGAUGAUUUUCUUAGCUUUUGAGCUAAAAUACUAUUAUUUUAAUUUUUAAAUUUUUUUAAUCAAUUUUUUAAAUUAAAAUUUAAUUUUUUGAAAUUCAAGAUCCAUCCCUUUAAGAAUUACAAUUUUUUAAAAUUUUUAAUACGUAAUUUUUAAUUUUUUUCAAUUUUUAUUACCUAAUUCCCAAAACUUUCAGCUUUCAUCAAGAAGGUCAUGGCCGGACCCUUCCCACAAGACUAA